AUGAGCUUAUCUCACCGAAACAACAAAGCUGGGAGCCACUGCAGAGCCUCGGAGGAGCAUGAACUGGAGGCAGUGGAGAAGAAAGCUUGGGACAAUCCUGUUUACAAUGGCUCUCCCUCUGCCUCCUUGAAAAUUCAAGCCAUCUACAAUCCCAAGUCCAUCCUGGAGAAUCCCUAUGAGAACUUUGAAGAGGUGGGGGAUCCACUGCCCUACCAGGAAGAGCAGAGUAAAGCUGUGGAUGGGAAUGCAAGUCCUUUCCUCAGGUGCUGCUUGUACAUCUUCAGAGGCAUCCGAGGUCUGUGGGGUACUACGCUGACAGAGAACACAGCUGAAAACAGAGAGCUUUAUGUGAAGACCACACUGCGAGAACUGCUGGUCUAUAUUGUGUUCUUGAUGGACAUCUGUCUAUUGACAUAUGGAAUGACAAGUUCCAAUGCCUAUUACUACACCAAAGUGAUGUCUGAGCUCUUCCUGCACACCUCUUCGGAUGGCAGUGUCUCCUUCCACUCUAUUGGCAGCAUGGCUGAUUUCUGGGUGUAUGCACAAGGGCCCCUUCUGGAUAACCUUUACUGGACAAAGUGGUACAACAAUGAAUCCCUAGCAGCCCACAGCACCCAGUCAUACAUCUAUUACGAGAACCUGCUGCUGGGUGUCCCGCGCAUGCGGCAGUUGAAGGUGAAGAACAAUUCCUGUGUGGUCCAUGAUGAUUUCAAGGAUGAAAUCUCAGGCUGUUAUGAUGUGUACUCAGAAGACAAGGAGGAAAGGUUCUCCUUUGGGCUCAUCAAUGGAACGGCGUGGAGGUACCAUUCUGAAGAGGAGCUGGGUGGCUCAUCUCACUGGGGAAGACUAACCAGUUACAGUGGGGGAGGAUACUACAUAGACCUCAAGUUGACCAGAGAAGAGACUGCUGAAGCCCUGCAAGUCUUGAAGGAAAAAUUGUGGCUGGAUCGGGGAACACGAGUUGUCUUCAUUGAUUUCUCUGUGUAUAAUGCAAAUAUCAAUCUGUUCUGUGUUCUGAGGUUAGUGGUUGAGUUUCCAGCCACUGGUGGUGCCAUUCCUUCCUGGCAAAUCCGGACAGUCAAGCUUAUACGAUAUGUCAGUGCAUGGGACUUUUUCAUUGUCGCCUGUGAAAUUGUCUUCUGUGUCUUCAUCUUCUAUUAUGUGGUGGAAGAGAUUUUGGAGCUGCGUAUCCACAAGCUCCAGUACUUCACCAGCAUCUGGAACAUCCUGGAUGUGGUUGUCAUUCUGCUCUCCAUUGUCGCUAUUGGGUUUCACAUCUUUCGCACUAUUGAGGUGAACAGACUGUUGGGAGAGCUGCUAAAACACCCCAACACCUAUGCGGACUUUGAGUUCCUGGCAUUCUGGCAGACACAGUACAACAAUAUGAAUGCAGUCAACUUAUUCUUUGCCUGGAUCAAGAUAUUCAAGUAUAUUAGCUUUAACAAAACAAUGACUCAGCUCUCCUCCACACUGGCACGUUGUGCCAAAGACAUCCUGGGCUUUGCCAUUAUGUUCUUCAUUGUCUUUUUUGCCUAUGCCCAGCUGGGUUACCUUCUUUUUGGGACACAAGUGGAAAACUUCAGUACCUUUGUUAAAUGCAUUUUCACCCAGUUUCGGAUCAUUCUUGGUGAUUUUGACUACAAUUCCAUUGACAAUGCCAACAGGGUCCUUGGACCUAUUUACUUCGUCACCUAUGUGUUCUUUGUUUUCUUUGUGCUCCUGAACAUGUUUCUGGCCAUCAUCAAUGACACCUACUCGGAAGUCAAAGAGGAGCUUUCGAGCCAGAAGGAUGAGCUGCAGCUCUCAGACAUUUUGAAGCAGAGCUACAACCGGACACUUAGGAGGUUGAAGCUGAAGAAGGAACGGAUUUCUGAUGUGCAGAAAGCACUGCAGAAUGGAACGAAAGAACUAGACUUUGAAGACUUCAAGAACAGCUUGAAGGAACUGGGCCAUGCAGACCAUGAGAUCACAGCAGCCUUCUCCCGGUUCGACAAAGAUGGCAACCUCAUCCUUGAUGAAGAAGAGCAGCAGCAGAUGAAGCAUGACCUAGAGGCAAAAAGGGUUGCUCUGAAUACAGAGAUUAAAAAUUUGGGGAAAUCCUAUGGUGACAACAACCUGGAUGAGAAUCUGACCUGCAUGGAAGCAAGGAAUAACCACGUCAAUAAGGCCAGCUGGGUCUCCAAGCAAGAGUUCCAAGUACUCCUGCAACGUGUGCUAUGGCUCGAACAGUCCAUAAACAGCAUUGGCUCCAAGAUUGAUGCAGUGGUGACCAAGCUUGAAGUUCUGGAGAGAAACAAGUUGAUGAGAAAGGACCUGCUGGGCAGACCACUGGCUAAUGUUACCAAGGAGGAAGAACCCAGUCAGAAAGAGCUGCUCCCCCGGAGCCUAGAUCAACUAGGGAAAGAAGCAGCGGAAGUCUGGGGGAUGGAACACAUGCGGGAAAAUAACCAGAGUGGCGAAUCUUACCAAAAGGGGAUCUAUUCCAUCUUGCCCACGUCAAGUGUGCUGGAGUCUCAGGUGCCCAAGAACAGCCAGCCACAGUCAGCUGUGCUCUUCUAG